GCAGGUCCUCGCAGGACGUUGAGAUGUCUGAUGUGGAGGUCUCUGGUGACUCCGAGGACGAGAGUAGCCAGUGGGAAACAGAUGUGUCGAUCUCAGACAGUGAUGCAACAGUGAGCAACGCGCUGGAUAGCGGCAGCGACUUGACGGACAGCGACCAGGACCUAUUCCUCGACUUUGAAGAAGGCACGACAAACAGUUCCAGCGGCGUCCACGUGCAAGUGGAUGUCGGCAACAUGAGCGACCUCGAAGACUUUGACGACUCAGACUCCUCAUCCGUUCAGGUGCUUUCAGAAGCUGAACAACUAGAUGUCUCUAGCGUUGUUGAAGUGUGGACUGACCGUGGUGACGAGCCACCUGAUGAAAACGAAGAUGAUCGAAGUGUGUCACCAGAUGUGCACUCGGAGCCGGAUAAUUCGGACACUGAAGUCGAAGAGAACGACGAGCCACAGGUGGAAGCUCCAGCGGCGGUUGCGUCGAGCGAGCAGCCACCACAGCAGCCGCAAGUGGUACAGCCUGUGCCUGCACACGAACGGAGUGUUUCCGAUGAAGAAGGAACUACCUGCACGAUAUGUUUUGAAGCGUGGACAGCUUCAGGCACUCACCGAUUGGCAUCGCUGAAGUGUGGACAUCUUUACGGGCUCAGCUGCAUUGAACGAUGGGUCCGAGGGCAGCGUGCCAAGUGCCCCCAGUGCAAUGCACCAGCCAGGAGAGUCGACAUCCGCCCCAUCUUUGCGCAGAAGCUGAUGGCACUGGACACCGUCCAGCUAGACCAGGUGGUGAGCGAGCUGAAUGCAGAGCGGGAGAAGCGCAAGCGCUCCGAGAUCGAUGCCGAGUUGAUGCGCCAGAAGUACAAGUUGCUGCUGAAUGACUACGAGAAGGUCAAGUCUGAGUACGCCAACGUCAAGCGAAUGAGGCUCGACUCUUCCAUGACAAGUCACGGCGACUUCAGUGCUGGGAGCAGUUCUUCACAACGGUGUCCGGGCAAGUUCACGCUGGACCGUGCUAUCGACCUCGGCAAUAACACUUCGUGUCGAAGUUUGGCCGUUUCGGGGUUGCUGAAUCUGUUGGUGGCAUCACAGAGCAAGAGUGGACUCUUCAGUGGAUACGGCCUCCGCAAGGUUUCGCUCUUUGACCUAAAGUCAUCAGAGUACAUCUUGAUCCACAAGGGUGAAAUCAAGGACAUCGCAUUCCACCAGCGAGACGCACUCGUGCUCUCGGCCUCCAAUGACAAGACUGUCAAGCUCACUGCCACAUUAAGCAACAGCGUUGUCCAGACUUACCACCAGCCCGUGGAAGCCUGGAGCUGUGCGUGGGACAAGGACGACAGCAACUGCUUCUAUGCGGGCCUCCGCAACGGCUCGGUGUUGAAGUACGACAUGCGCGUGACGUCUGAGCCCGUCUGUAAGCUGCCUUCGACCAACCGAUACGAGCCUGUGGUGGCCAUGCAACACAUUCCCAAGGGGCCGUCCUGUGCCGAAGACAGGUGCCCGUCAGGCCUACUUGUCUCCCAGUUUCAGAUGUGCUCCUUCUUCGAAAAGCAGGCUGACACAGACUUUAAGGUGCACCCUCUCCACACGGAAGGCAACUGCAUCUCUAUCAGCUACGAACACAAUACGCGGCACCUACUGAUGAGCUGCAGACCAAGUGCUAGGACGCCCUACAUGACGCACUCGAUAUGCAACAUGCUCUUCCCAAUGGCGGAUGAAGGCAGCCACUGUACCUUCAACGUCGUUCACGUCUUCAACGGAGGCCCCACUCAGGUGCAACUGUCGAGAUCGUGCAUCUGCCUUGACCCUGACGAUGCCGCUAACUUCUGGGCCGUAGCCGGUGAUGAGUCAUACAAACAGGUUAUGGUGUGGGACGCUUCGUCGGGCAAGCGCAUUCACCAGCUGCCAGUGACCAACCCCGUGCUAGACGUGUGCCCCGUCACGACGCCUCUCGGCUGGGGUCUGGCCGCGCUCGCCAAGAACACCCUCUCGCUUUACUCCUGGAAGCAGGGUGCCACCUACUGAGUUUCAUACGUUGGAGAGCGGCGUCAAGCUCUGACCGAGCAUCGUCAGAGUGCGACUCAUCUUAUAGCGACGAACAAGUCUUUUCAACUGUUGUGCCCCCAUCAUCAUGUCUGUACAUAGAGAAGGGGACUUCAAAAUUGUGCUCUCAGGGUUGCGUGAGAAGAGACUUGGGGUUACGUGUCGUAAUCUUAUCCCUCGUACAGCGUGACUGUUUGGCUCACAGGUUCUCGCCGGACGACUAGUCCUCGCUAGCGCGGCGAACUUGACUCGCUGUGCAAGAGCAUGGACUACAGUGUGAAUCAUGUCGUGCGCUGCACUUACGGUAACGUGUGAUAAAGGCAUCCUGGGCUGGCGUUUUAGAUUCCGUUGGCGAGGCAAACACUGUCGAGUGUUUUAAUUUCAUCGUCACAGCUGCCCCCCAAGCCUUAUAUUGCCAUGCUCUGGACCAGACCUGGUGGCGUGCAGCAAGCAAAUUGACGGAUAAACGUCCGUGGACAGGCGCCGUUGUCCUAAGUUACCUGUGCUAAUGAGGCAUUGGCUUGCCUUUCAGUACAUUAGCAUGUGUCAUAUUUAUUUCGGGGCACCGCGACUUUAUCAACUGGAUACCAUUGUUGUUUGCACAUACAUGUGCUUUAGAUUCCCUCGAAAUCUUCGGUGAAGAGCUGUUGUUGACGUGAGGUUUUUACGUAGCUGUUAGAUGUGGUGACACAGCUGUUAGAUUCGGGCAGUACAGUACUACCUGGGAGCAUGGUGGACGGUGCCUGCGUCUCACCGGUCAUAUUUCUCCUGACAGUGAAUCCUGGCCACAUAGGUGUUAUCGAAAUUUACACAUGCAUAAUCAGCAAAUGCAGGUCUCGCAUUUCGUUUAAAGCACGACUGUUUGCAUAUCACAGGAAUUUAUUUUUGUGUUCAAAAUAAGUGAACGUUUCGUACGUUUCAAAGCUAUGUGACCGGGUUCAUACAAAUCAUCUUAGGCCAUGUCACAUUGAGUCUAAAGCACCUAGGCCUGUUGUGUGGGCUGAGAAAUUGUCUUGUACAGGUUGUUUGUAUAUUAACUCUUCAAUAUAUUAUACAUCGCUGCCUUAUGUACUUGGAAACAUCCCAGAGCUGUUACUUGUGCCAAAAUAUGAACAAGGAAGUUGUUAGGGGAAGCUGCAACGGGCUGAGUGACAUUGCAAGUUUAAAUGCGAACUCGCCGCCAAUUUGCACGCUCUUGUUGUAAAUGUGGACGGCUUUGUAGAAAGCACCUCGCACUAAUCACCACACCUGCUACUCAACAGCUGCGAUUUCUUCCUAGGAGUGUACUUAAAAAUGGCUGUUGACAAUCGGAAACCCUUUUUUUUUACACAGCUUCUAGGGUUUUCUUGCCUGAUUGGAAAGUAGAGACGUCCCUUUGGAAUAUAAAUUUUUAGCGAAGCUGAAUGUAUGUGGGUGCCACAGUUGCCCACAGUUCGUGCUGUAUUGCUCUUGAGCAAUUUCUGUGUCCUCGCAGGAAACACAGCUGAUUAUCAUUCUCUUCUUGAGGGUUUAGAGUAAUUUUAUUUUACCACUUCCAAUUUAAGAUGUACGGAUGACAUCAGCUGAAGCUAGUGAAUGUGAGUGUUGAGCAGUUCGGGUGUAACUGCAUGUUUCCAUGAAUGUUGUUUGUGCUCAACAUUUUCUCUGCUUUUUUCCAUUCUCUUCAAUGUGGAAGUUGAUCAGCUUAUUUCAGUGGUGGGAAGCGUGUCGGACGAUGGUUGUAUUUUCCAGGUGAAGCCAGAUAUCGUGGGAAUGGAUUCCAGUGUGCUGUGUCGCGAAGUUGUAAUGUGUUGGAGUGGAUCUCUUCAGUGUUGUGUUUAUUUCUUCAUUUAUUCUUAUGCUUGUCUGUUCCAUCUUUAAUCUUUUGCUCUGGAAUUCGCUGUGCAGUGCAACUAACCAAAGUAGCACUACUCCCGUCCUAGAUUCAGGGGGGGGAGGUGGCUUUGGGUGAUGCAACUUCCGAUUUGUUCUCGUAGUUGUCUGCGUUCUGAGUGAGGUUUUAAAAUAUAUGUACAUAAUAUAUGAAGUGCGUGUCACCUCACCUGUGUUCGUGGUCUCGGGGGAACAAAACACGAUGGUGCUUCAGCAGAGCGUUUAAUAAUCGCACAUUUAAAACGAGUGUUUGGAGGCGUUGAUGUUUUGUGUACAUAUGCGUACAGUAGUUUGCACGCACCGUGGUGUCAAUCAAUAAAUGCUUUGUGCGUGAGUUCUUA